AUGGCUUGCAUUCAGAACAACGCUAUUUACACUCUCAGAAACUGUAAGGGAGGUACUGUCCUCGACCUCUCGGGUGGAGAUGACCGUUCCAUCAUCGGAUAUCACGACCACAAUGGUCCCAACCAGGCGUGGAUCUUCGAGCAGCGUGGACACGGGGAAGACCAUGGCUGGUUCAUCAAGUCCGUCGGCUCCGGACAAUUCCUUGGGUUUGAAGGCGAGCUUCGUGAUGGCGUCCAGGUCAUUGCUACCUCGUCCCCUGCCAAGUGGGACGUCAGAGACUCUGACGUCCCAGGCGUCCAAGGCAUUAGGAUAUUGGCCCAUCGUACGAAUUUCAGCGUAGACCUGUCUGACAAUGGAAAUCCGACAGAAGGCACGAAAGUUGAACUUUGGGGCAGCUGGGAGGCUGCCAAUCAGAUUUGGGCCCUUGUCUCGCGUCGAUGAUUGCAACAGAGCAGAACUCUUGUACAAUGUACACUGAAUUGUAUCAUAACUGGUGGAAAAGAUAUUGUCUCUGGUCAAACUUGAUGAUCUUGCUUGAUGUUGAAUGUAUCACAAUGGCUAUCACGCAGCACUCUUGAGUUCGAGAAUCUCUUAAGUUCGGGCUGUUAUAGGUAUAAUCAUCUGUAUAUGAUCCAACGAGAAGAGGGUUACUGCUUAGGCUGGCGACCACUGGGUGAACCCACUUGCAGACCACACGAAGAUAAC